CGGUCCUCAGCAUCAUCUUUGGUGCAGCAGCGGCGGCGGCGGCGGCAGAACGGUACGACAGGACGCAGGAGUGCAGUCAGCCAGCAGCGACAUAGACAGCAGAAAUGUCGGAAAGUGGGAGUCAGGAACCCGCCGCGGCCCCUAACGGGAGCAGCAGACCCAGACCGCCCGUCGGCAACAGAGUGACCGUGGUCCUGGGGGCUCAAUGGGGCGACGAGGGGAAGGGAAAAGUUGUGGAUCUCCUGGCACAAGACGCGGAUAUGGUGUGCAGAUGUCAGGGCGGCAACAACGCAGGACACACAGUGGUGGUCGACUCGGUGGAGUACGACUUUCACCUCCUCCCCAGCGGCAUCAUCAACCCCAAGGUCACCGCCUUUAUCGGCAACGGUGUAGUGAUCCACCUUCCAGGGCUGUUUGAAGAGGCAGAGAAGAACGAGCGCAAAGGAAAAGGUCUGAAAGACUGGGAGAAAAGGUUGAUCAUCUCAGACAGAGCACAUAUCGUGUUUGACUUCCACCAAGCGGUUGAUGGCGUUCAGGAACAGCAGAGACAAGAGCAAGCAGGCAAGAACCUCGGGACAACAAAGAAGGGGAUUGGUCCGGUCUACUCAGCCAAGGCAGCACGUAGCGGUCUCAGGAUAUGCGACCUGUUGGCUGACUUCACUCAGUUCUCUGAAAGGUAUAAAGUAUUGGCCCAGCAGUACAAGGGCAUGUACCCGACUCUGGUGAUUGACAUAGAGGGAGAACUGGACAAAUUAAAGGACUAUGUGGAGCGGAUCAAGCCCAUGGUGAGAGACGGGGUGCACUACAUGUACGAGGCUCUUCAUGGUCCUCCUAAGAAGAUUUUGGUGGAAGGAGCCAACGCAGCACUACUGGACAUUGACUUCGGGACGUACCCGUUUGUGACAUCGUCCAACUGCACGGUUGGAGGGGUCUGCACAGGUCUCGGCAUGCCGCCUCAAAACGUUGGGGAGGUUUACGGGGUCGUCAAGGCGUACACCACCAGAGUCGGCAUUGGAGCUUUCCCCUCAGAGCAGAGCAACGACAUCGGACAGCUGCUUCAGACUCGGGGUAAGGAGGUGGGCGUGACCACAGGCAGGAAAAGACGAUGUGGUUGGCUGGAUCUGGUGCUCAUUAAAUAUGCACACAUGAUUAACGGCUUCACUGCUUUAGCUCUCACCAAACUGGACAUACUUGACGUGUUGGCAGAGAUCAAAGUGGGUGUAGCGUACAAAGUCGACAACCAAACUAUACCUCACUUUCCAGCCAAUCAGGAGGUGUUGCAUCGUGUGGAGGUCCAGUAUGAGACGCUGCCGGGCUGGAACAGCGACACCUCGGCUGCAAGAAGCUUUGAUGAGCUGCCCGAGAACGCCCAGAAAUAUGUCCGCUUCGUUGAGGAGCAUGUGGGAGUGCCUGUCAAGUGGAUCGGAGUGGGCAAGUCUCGGGAGUCCAUGAUCCAGCUGUUCUAGAAGAAGGGAGGAAGCAAAGAGGACACACAGCAGCCAAUCAACUGCACCCUUCUGCCCCUCCCCCCUCACACACAGCCUACCUACCUGUCUCGACUCGACUCGACAGAGACAUGACCAUCAUGUCUGUGUUGUUAAUGCUUUAUCACUGUAUCAUCAGACUGCCCCAUUUUACAAACCGGACCUCUCUCUGCAUCACACUCCAUCAGACUGACCUCCCAGCGUCUCAUCUGGAUUUUUAACAGUUUUAAACUUUAGGGUAACAGUUCGGCAGUCAAGUCCUUUCUUUAAUUUGUCUCAUAUAUUGUAGCCAUCUAUUACAGAGGUACAACACAAUCAGCAACACCAGCUGCCAUCAGGUCUGAGACCGAACAUGAGGAAACGGACUCAAGACACACUAACACACACUGACGCAGACACGGGAUCACUGCCUGCAGGAAGUGUCCACGGACUUGGUCAAACUUUGUUUGAGUGUAAUUUUGUUAAUCUAUGCUGUGUUUUAAAUGCGCUGUGCCAGUCUGGUGUAAAUCGAUUUAAGAGUUUUAACCUUUGCACUUUAGAUGCUUUGGACUAUAUCUGCUUUAUGUUUUAUUCUGCCAGGUUUACAGCACAUCCUGACAUGAUAAAGGGAUCCUUUAAUAUUUG